CACAUCCACUAACGAAUCAAACAACUAAACAUGGCUCCAUACCUCUUACCGUUGUUCUUAACCGUCCUCGUCGGGAACCGGGUCUUGGCUCAAGAUGCUGAGAGUGGAGCGGUCAGUGGCAUCAGGCAGCCGCGACAUUUGUUCAAGAAGAAGUUCGGUGGAGGAGGGUUCGGUGGGUAUCAAGGGGGCUAUGGAGGUUACCAGGGCGGUUACCCCGGAGGUUUUGGUGGCUACCCACCGAUAAACAUUGGCAUCAGCCAGUCGCAGUCCUCAGCGAAUGCGGGCGGGGGUGGUUACGGAUCUGGGUACUACCCCAACAAUUACCAAUACAACAGCGGAUUUGGAGGCGGAUACGGCGGCUACGGGCCAAGGCCCGGUGGUGGUUACUUUGGCAACGGACAAGGAGCGUAUAACAACCAGUUUAACGGGAACUAUUACGGCGGUGCGAACGGAUAUCCUGGACAAGGUGGAUUCGGCUUCCAAGGGCCUUAUGGCAACGCAUUUUAUGACGAAGCUGAUGGUGAAGGACAGAAGCCUGAACACGACGACCACAACGGCCGCCCAGAUGACGACCACCAGAACAACCGUCCACAGGAUUACAACCAGCCUCACGGUGGCGGUUACUCAGGCGCCUCAUCCUUUGCCUACUCCAGAAACAACAAAUAAAAGUAGAGAGUUAUUAAUUUUACCUGUGAUAAUACAUGACAACAACGUCCUUAAUUCUAAUUUAUAAUUUAAUGUUAUCUUAUCGGUGCGUUUCUUAAUU